AUGGCACAUUGGAAGGAUUGGUACGAUAUUGAAGUAAAGAGUUGGAUUUUUUUGGAAGCUAGAGAGGCAAAAACAGCUAUAGAUUCUCACCAUGCACAGAUUGCGCAUGCCAUUAAAAGAUAUGUUAGAAUUGGGUUUGAAAUUAGAGAAGGCAGUGAUAUAAAAAAUUCAAUCAAAGAUCUAUGUGAUAACUCUUAUAAGCAUCUACGAAUAAAUACAACUAAUAAAAAUUUAGUGCAAAUUAACAAUGGAAUUGUAGAUACAGAAAAUAAUUUCAAUGUUAAUACAGAAUUUCAACUUACAUCUGGAUGGGUGUUAAAAGCAAAUCAAAAGUUUAGAAAAAGAGGUGGAGCAAGAAUAUCAAAAAAGGUUAUUGCAUUAUUGCAAGGUUUUUUUUAUGCAGGUAAUGCUGAUAAAAGUGAUCGAUACUCAGCUAAUGAUAUGUUAUCAGAACUUAUCCAUAUGGUAAAUAAUGGAGAGUUGGAUCCUGAAAUAAUACCAAAAAUAGAAACAAUUGAAAAUUGGAUUAGUAGAUAUUCUGCAACUUGUAAACAUAAAAUGGCGGCUAUAGCUUUAGAGCGUCAAAUGCAAAAUCAGCCAUAG